CGGCCAGAUAGACGUUGGACGAAAAUCAACCAAGACUGUCCUGUCCGUCACUUGAGUAAUCUGCGGCGGACCAGCAGUCGGACGACUGAACUGCAAUGCUUAUUCAAAGUCAAUGGCUUUGGCCCCCCUCCUUUCUCAUCGAAUGGUCCAAAUCCAGACAUCAUCGAGUGCGGUAGGAUUCCUGAUCCUGGCCUUCGGCAGCCUUCACUUGUUGCUCGCAGAGCCUUAUGCAACACUACGCUACACGGCUCUCCACUGCAUUGCGCAUCUCAAUUUUAUCGGAGAAACCCAGCCUAGACGGAGAGGGAGACCCUGCCAUAAUGGGGCAUAUAUAUACGACGGUGGUUUAUGGAUAGUACAUGUAAUGUAUACCUACCACGUAGUAUGUAUUGCAAACCACCCGCGCAACAACCCCACUUGGCUCUGAACAAAAGACAACCGCGGGUGGUUUUUUGGCGACCCGGUGGAUUGCUUCUGUGGUACU